AUGGCAUCAUCAAACUCGUAUAAACUCAGGUGCUCAAUUCCAGGCCACGAAAUGGACGUUAGAGGACUUGCAGCUGCUGUUUUUCCAGAGGGAGCAUUCGUUUCUGUAUCCAGAGACCGAACCGGAAGGGUCUGGGUACCAAACUCAAGCCCAGAUAAAGGAUUCACAGAGAUGCACUGCAUGUCCGGCCAUUCGAAUUUUGUAUCCUGUGUAUGUAUCAUUGCCCCCAGUGAAACAUAUCCUCGAGGACUUAUUGCCACAGGAGGAAAUGAUAAUAAUAUUUGUGUUUUCACACUGGACCAACCACAACCUCUCUUCACUCUCAAAGGUCACAAAAAUACAGUUUGCUCAUUAUCUUCUGGAAAGUUUGGAACACUAUUGAGUGGCUCCUGGGACACAACAGCCAAAGUGUGGCUCAAUGAGAAGUGCAUGAUGACUUUACAGGGCCACUCUGCAGCAGUAUGGGCAGUGGUCAUAUUACCUGAACAAGGCCUUAUGCUGUCAGGAUCAGCAGACAAGACUAUAAAGCUUUGGAAAGCUGGUCGAUGUGACAAGACUUUUACAGGUCAUGAGGACUGUGUAAGAGGACUAGCAGUGAUCAGCAACACUGAGUUUUUCUCUUGCAGUAAUGAUACCAGUAUUAGAAGGUGGCUGGUGACAGGGGAAUGUGUACAGGUCUAUUACAGUCAUACCAACUACAUCUACAGCAUCGCUGUCUUCCCCAAUAGCCAAGACUUUGUAACCACAGGCGAGGACAGAACUUUGAGGAUAUGGAGGAAGGGAGAGUGUGCUCAAACCAUUCGCUUGCCUGCUCAGUCUGUCUGGUGCUGCUGUGUUCUGCCUAAUGGUGAUAUAGCUGUUGGAGCCAGUGAUGGAAUUAUCCGUGUUUUUACCGAAGCUGAGGACCGCAUGGCCAGUGCAGAAGACCUACAGGCCUUUGAGGAUGAGCUGUCCAAAGCUACCAUUGAUCCUAAGACGGGUGACCUUGGAGACAUCAAACUGGAGGACCUUCCUGGCAGAGAGCACCUUGAUGAACCCGGGAAUCGUGAUGGACAAACACGUCUGAUUAAAGAUGGAGAGAAGGUUGAGGCGUAUCAGUGGAGCGUCAGUGAUGGCCGCUGGAUGAAAAUUGGAGAUGUGGUCGGAGGCUCAAACCAGCAAACCUCUAAGAGUGUGGUGUAUGAAGGAAAGGAAUACGACUAUGUCUUCACCAUUGAUGUUAAUGAGGGAGGGCCAUCCAUGAAGCUGCCUUACAACGUGACAGAUGACCCCUGGCUGACGGCACACAACUUUUUGCAGAAGAAUGACCUUAGCCCCAUGUUCCUCGACCAGGUUGCCAAUUUUAUCAUAGAGAACACUAAAGGACAUGUGGUAGGACCAGCCCAGCCGGAGAGCGCCGACCCAUUCACUGGAGGUGCUCGAUACAUCCCUGGAUCCUCUGAUGGUGGGACAGGCUUUGGAGCAGAUCCAUUCACAGGCUCUGGUCGCUACAUCCCUGGGUCAGGGCCAAAUCCAACAGCUUCUAUGGGUGUGGCAGAUCCCUUCACAGGUGGAGGUGCGUACUCCUCAGCUUCCCUGAGACAGACUGCAACAAACAUCUACUUCCCCAAGACUGAUGGGGUGACCUUUGAGCAAGCCAAUAGCUCACAGAUUAUUGCCAAGUUGAAGGAGUUGAAUGGCAGAGCCCCUCAGGAGCAAAAACUCUCAGAAGAGGCUCUGGAAAGCAUCGAGAGGCUGCUGUUGUCGGUCUGUGGACCCAGCUCUUCUGAGCCACCUCCAACCAUCCAACAGAUCAGCCUGCUCUGGAAGGCCUCUCACUGGCCUGAAGACAUUGUGUUUCCAGUUCUGGACAUUAUGAGGCUGGCGGUGCGCCACUCACAGGUUAAUGAGAGCCUCUGUGGCGAGGCAGAGGGAGUCCAACUGUGCAACCACCUGUUAAGCCUGAUGCGGCCCGAGGGUCGUCCUGCCAACCAGAUGCUGGCUCUGCGGACCCUGUGUAACUGCUUUAGUGGAAGGAAUGGCCGGGCCCUACUCAUGGCCCAGCGUGAAACGGUGCUAUCACGUGCUGCUGACCUGGCCUCUGUCUGCAACAAAAACAUCCACAUUGCCCUGGCUACUCUGGUGCUUAACUAUGCUGGCUGCUUACACAGCCAGCCUGACCUUGAGGCCAAGGCCCAGUGCCUUUCUGUGGCCAGUAGAGCACUGGAGACGGUACAAGACAAGGAGGCUGUCUUUAGGCUGCUGGUGGCCUUGGGAACCACUGUGGCCUCAGAUCAGACAGCCCAGGACUUGGCUCGUUCCCUGGGUGUCAGUUCUCAGAUCUCCAAGUACUCAUCAGUGUCUGAUCCAUCAAAGGUGGCCGAGUGUUGCCAACUGGUUUUAAAAGAACUACAAUGAUGUUAAUGGUUAGAAAACAAAAGCACUUCUUUCUUAUUAUUAAUCUGUUUGACUUAAACAGUUGUGGAGAAUGAAAGAAUUGUAAAUUGUAUGUUCUGCAAUAAAGAAGAAUGAAUGAAAUCUC